AUGUCUCAUUCAUUUGAAACAUCUUUAUCAUUUCUUUCACCUUUAUUAAAUAAAUUUGAAACUACUGAGGUAGAUAAAAAUGAUAACGAUCUAAAUCAAACAACAACAUUAUUACCUCUUUCACCUCUUUUUGAUGCUACUGUUGAUGAUGACUAUCUAGCUGUUCAAUCAUUGAUAAGUAAAAAUUAUGACGUUAAUGCAAAGGAUAUUGACGGAAUAACUGCAUUACAUUUAUGUGCUUUUUUCAAUUGUGUAGCAACAUGUGAUACAUUAUGUGCACGUCAAGCAUUUGUUAAUGCGAAAGAUAAUCAAUUAUUAACGCCAUUAUUUUAUGCAUGUAAAGCUAAUUGUCCGAUUAUUGUACGGACACUUGUUGAUCAUGGUGCUGACUGUGAUACACAAAAUAAACAUUGGCAAACACCAUUACAUAUAUGUGCAUUAUCAUCGGAUGCUUCAUCUGCAGCUUUUUUUAUAAGUCAUGUUAUAAAUGUUGAUGCUACAGAUGAACAUGGAUUAACUGCUCUUCAUUAUGCAUGUAUGAGUGGAAAUAUUGAAAUGGUUAAAUUAUUAAUUGAUUCUGGAGCAAACGUCAAUUUAAGUGAUCGGAAACAAAAUUAUCCACUUCAUUGGGCAUCAUAUAAAGGAUCAAUUGAAAUAUUUAAAAUUUUACUUGAUGCUCAUGUUAAUGUUAAUUGUGUCAAUGAUCAAGGUUUAACACCUUUACAUCUUUGUAUUAUUAAUAAUCAUAUGGAUUGUAUUCGAAAAUUACUUGAUGCAAAUGCUAAUAUCAAUGCAAGAACACAUAAUGGUAGUUUACCGAUUCAUUUUGUUGUUUAUCUUGGUGAUACAGAUAUUUUUGAUUUACUUAAUAAUCAACCGAAAGCACCUGAAUUAACAGAAACAGAUCAACAUGGAAAUACUAUUCUUCAUUUUGCUGCUGCAACAAAAUCUACAGAAUCAAAUAUUAUUCAACUUGUUUUAUCUAAAUUAAAAACAUCAUUGAUUAAUAUACAAAAUACUAAAAAACAAACUCCAUUACAUACAGCCGUCUUAUGUAAUAAUGAAAAAGCCGUUCAUCAAUUACUUGCUGCUGGUGCUGAUCCAAGUUUAGUUGAUAAUGAAGAUAAUACACCAUUACAUUUAUCAACAAUAUUAAUGAAUAAAUGUAAUCAAUCACGUAUUCUUUUAGAUUUAGUUUCACAUCAACCUGAUAUAUUAUGUUUAAAAAAUAAAAAUAAUUUAAUUCCACUUCAUAUAGCAUUAAAAAAUUUUGAUUAUCAAACUAUUGGUUAUUUAAUGCCUGAUAAAGAAGGAAAAUUAAUUGAACAAGCUCAUAAUUCAUUAUUAUUACUUGAUUCAUUUGGACGUCAUUCCCUUCAUUAUGCAGCUAAUUCCGGUAUGACAACUUUUAUUGAACGAUACUUUAAACAAAUGAAUAAAGAUAUUAUUAAUCUACAAGAUUCAUUUGGUCUUACACCAUUACAUUAUGCAUGUAUUAAAUGGCAUGGACUUGAUGCAAUUGAUGUUUUAUUAAGAUUUGGCGCUGAUGUUAAUAUAAAAUGUAAAACCUAUGGAGCAAUACCAUUACAUUAUAUUCUUGUUUAUUGUUAUUCAUCGGAUACAAUUGAACAAUUAAUUCAAGCCGGUAGUGAUGUAUUAAUAAGUACAUCACAUGGUGAAACAUGUUUAUCUUAUGGUAUUAUGCAGAAUGAUACUUAUUUACUUAAAAUACUUUUUGAUUCAAUAAAUGAUAAAAUCUAUGAUAAAUCAAAAUUAAUAUUUUUAUCUUGUUUACAUGGAAAAGAUAAUUCAUUAGAAUAUCUUAUUGAAAAUGAUAAAAAUAUUAAUUUAGAUGAAACAAUGAAUGAUGGAAUGACUGCACUUAUGUUAGCUUGUUAUUAUGGACAUUGUUCAUGUGUUCAUUUACUUUUACAUCGGAAAGUAAAUAUUAAAAAAGUCAAUGAUAUCGAUGGAAAAACUAGUUUACAUUAUGCAGCAUUAAAUGGACAAACAGAAUGUAUACUUGCUUUAUUACAAGAAUUACAAGCAAAUCAAGAUGAUCUAAAAACAAUUAUUGAUCUUAGAGAUAAGAAAGGAAAAACUGCACUUCAUUAUUGUGUUGAACAUUCUUCUCCUAAUUGUAUACGUUUAUUAGUAAAUUUUGGUGGUGGAAAUCCAAAUGUUACUGAUUUAUCUUUACUUACACCGUUACAUUACUGUGCGAUGUAUAAUUGUGAAGAAAGUCUACAAGAAUUAUUAGAUGCACAUGAUUUAAAAGUUAACGUUGUUGAUAAAAAUAAACGUUUACCAUUACAUUAUGCUGCUGCAAGUGGAAAUGUUACAAUAUUAUCAACUUUAGCUGAUUAUGAUUACGAACAAAUUGCUGAUAUUGAUGGAUUUAGUCCAUUACAUUAUGCCGUUUUGAGAGGACAUGAAACAGCAGUUCGUAUUCUUCUUGCAUCUGAUGUUAGUCUUCGAUGUUUAAAAACAAGUCGUAUAACACCUGUUCAUCUUGCUUGCAUUCGUGCGGAUGCAACUUGUCUUCGAGCAAUUCUAAAUGUUUUACGAACGGAUAGUAUUUCAACUAUAAUUAAUUUACCAACAAAAGUCGAUCAAUUUACACCGUUACAUUUAGCAUCGAUGACAAAAAAUGGUUCUGAAUGUAUACAAAUAUUACUUCGCUAUGAUCAUGCAAAUGUUGAUGCAAAAGAUCAUUUACAACGAACACCAAUUAUGUAUGCGAUUAUCAAUGGUAUCGAUUCUAAUAUAAUAGAUAUGUUACUUGCUAAAUGUAAACAUUUUGAUGCAGUUGAUCAUUUAAAAAAUAAUAUUCUUCAUUAUGCUUGUAUAUUCAAUAAUGAACCAGUUAUUGAAAGUCUUUUAAGACGAAAUUCAUCUUCAGCAUUUGUUGAAGCAGUUAAUAAUGAAAAUCAAACACCAUUAAGUUUGGCAAAAAAAGCUCAAAUAUCCCCAUCGAUAAUCGAUAUAUUAUUUUCUUUAUCUGGUCGAUUGUAA